AUGUAUAGCAAUUUCAAAGAACAGGCGAUUGAGUAUGUACGGCAAGCCGUACAGGAGGACAACGCCGGUAACUAUGCCAAGGCGUUUCCUCUCUACAUGAACGCUCUCGAGUAUUUCAAGACCCAUUUGAAAUACGAGAAGAACGCCAAGAUUAAGGAGGCGAUUACUCAGAAGUUCACCGAGUAUUUGCGCCGGGCUGAGGAGAUUCGUGCGGUGUUGGACGAAGGCGGUGGUUCGGGACCUGCUGCCAAUGGAGAUGCGGCUGUGGCCACGCGGCCGAAGACGAAACCCAAGGACGGUGGAGAAGGCGAUGGGGAGGAUCCGGAGCAGUCCAAGCUUAGGGCUGGAUUGAAUUCGGCUAUUGUUAGGGAAAAGCCUAACGUAAAGUGGAAUGAUGUGGCGGGAUUGGAAAGUGCCAAGCAGGCUUUGCAGGAAGCUGUGAUUUUGCCUGUUAAAUUUCCUCAAUUUUUUACUGGAAAGAGGCGUCCAUGGCGAGCUUUCCUUUUAUAUGGUCCACCUGGAACAGGAAAGUCGUAUUUAGCAAAGGCUGUUGCUACAGAAGCAGACUCCACUUUUUUCAGUGUUUCGUCCUCAGACUUGGUUUCAAAAUGGAUGGGUGAAAGUGAAAAGCUAGUUUCAAAUCUUUUCCAAAUGGCUCGGGAAAGUGCUCCUUCCAUCAUAUUUGUGGACGAAAUUGAUUCUUUGUGCGGUCAGCGUGGAGAAGGAAACGAGAGCGAAGCAUCUAGGCGUAUUAAAACAGAGCUGCUUGUGCAGAUGCAGGGUGUUGGACACAAUGAUGAGAAAGUCCUUGUUCUAGCAGCAACGAAUACUCCCUAUGCUCUUGAUCAGGCUAUUAGGAGGCGAUUUGAUAAGCGUAUUUACAUUCCCCUACCAGACCUGAAAGCAAGGCAACAUAUGUUCAAGGUUCACUUAGGAGAUACACCUCACAACUUGACAGAAAGUGAUUUUGAAGAUUUGGCUCGUAAAACCGAAGGAUUUUCAGGAUCCGAUAUUUCUGUUUGUGUCAAGGAUGUCCUCUUUGAGCCUGUACGUAAGACUCAAGAUGCGAUGUUCUUUAUCAAGACUCCUAAUGGUUUGUGGGUGCCCUGCGGACCUAACCAACCAGGUGCUAUCCAGACAACCAUGCAGGAGUUAGCUGGUAAAGGUCUCGCUGCCAAGAUUACCCCUCCCCCAAUAUCGAAGUCGGACUUCGAUAAAGUUUUGGCAAGGCAGAGGCCGACUGUGAGCAAAUCUGAUCUCGAGGUGCACGAGAGAUUCACCAAGGAAUUCGGAGAGGAAGAAUUGGCACUGCAAUUCAUCGUCGGCAGGUGUUGGCACGCAUAUUUUCAUUGUAAAUUUGAAUAUUUCACGUCUAGGAAAAGGACGGUGCAUUUGUGGCUUCAUUACAUUGUAUACAUGGGAUUUCACUCACAUCCCAACUCAGAAUCAGUUAUCCAGGCAAAUUAUGAACUGCUCUCUUCAGUCAUUGGCAGUUCUCAAGAAGCUGAAGAUGCUGCAAUUCAUCAUUACACCAAAACAUUUAGAGGUUUCUCUGUAAUGCUGACCCCAGAUCAAGCUAAAAAACUUGCAGAAAGUGACUCAGUUUUGUCGGUGUUCGAGAGCCGGAUGAACAAGAUUCAUACUACUCAAUCAUGGAACUUUCUGAGAAUAGAUUCUGCUCAGCAAUACAAUAACCUACCAUUGAGUGUAAAGUCAGAUGUAAUUGUAGGGGUCAUAGAUACUGGAAUUUGGCCUGAAUCAAAGAGUUUUGAUGAUUCUGGCCUUGGCCCUGUUCCCUCAAGAUUCAAGGGACAAUGUGAAACUGGUGAAAUGUUCACAUUGGCCAAUUGCAACAGAAAGAUUAUAGGAGCAAGAUACUACUUAAAUGGAUUUCUAGCAGGAGGAAAGACACUAGAGUCAUUCAACCAAACAUUUUUCCGAUCACCACGAGAUGACAAUGGCCAUGGAAGCCAUACGGCGUCCACUAUCGCUGGUUCAUUGGUUUUGGAUGCAAGCUUAUCCGGGUUGGCAAAUGGCACUGCCAGAGGAGGUGCACCAAGUGCUAGACUAGCCAUCUACAAAGCCGGCUGGUUUGGUUUCUUAAGCGAUGCAGAUAUACUCGCUGCUUUCGAUGAUGCUAUUCAUGAUGGUGUUGACAUUCUUUCCCUUUCCAUCGGACCUAAUCCACCCCAAGCUGAUUACUUUCAUGAUGCAAUGUCAAUUGGAACUUUCCAUGCAUUUCAUAAAGGAAUCGUUGUUACUGCAUCAGCUGGUAACAGUAUGUUACCGGGGACUGCAACCGGUGUUGCUCCCUGGAUUCUUACUGUUGCUGCAAGUACACUUGACCGUGAACUCGAGUCCACUAUUACUCUAAAUAAUUCAUCAACGACCAUAACGGGUUAUGGACUAAAUCCAUCAGACCUAGAGAGUGCUAAUGGACUGAUAUUCGGAAGUGAGGCUGCACUUCCGGGAAUCCCACAGAUAAAUGCGAGCUUUUGCCAGACAAAUAAAAUGAACCCUAACCUGACUAAGGGGAAAAUUGUGGUCUGUGAUCUGGAGAAUGAGGCUGCGGACAGAAUUCAAAAGCGCGUUUACAUAAGAAGCAUCGGUGGAGUGGGAAUGAUAGUUGUCGAUCCACUUGCUCAGGACAUACUUUUUCAGUUUGGACUACAGGCCACUGUAAUUACUCCACAAGCAUCAGAAGAGCUUCAAGCAUACAUAGCAGCAGAAAUGAAUCCGGUAGCCAGAAUACCGCGAACAACAACCUUCAUGUCGACUAUACCAGCACCUGCAAUGGCCUCCUUUUCAUCAAAGGGUCCAAAUAUCAUCACACCAGACAUAAUCAAACCGGAUGUAACAGCACCAGGAGUAAACAUUUUGGCAGCAUGGUCUCCAGUGUCUCUUUCUUCUACCGGUGGGCGAUCUUACGACUAUAACAUUAUAUCUGGUACAUCCAUGGCAUGUCCACAUGUAUCUGCAGUUGCAGCCAUUUUGAAAGCUUCCCACCCAUCUUGGAGCCCUGCAGCAAUAAAAUCAGCAAUCAUGACAACAGCAAGUCCAUUAGAUAACAGUGGAAACUACAUCAGAAGACAUCCUGAUAACAGCAUAGCAAAUCCCUUCGAUUACGGUUCAGGGCACAUAAAUCCAGUAGCAGCAAUCGAUCCAGGGCUAAUAUACGAUUACAACACCGACGACAUCAUAGAUUUCUUAUGCAGCAAUGGAGCAAAUUCCACACAGCUUAAAACUCUGAUUGAUCAAGAACAAUCUUGUAAGGAGCCUCUGAAACUUUCCUACAACUUCAACUAUCCAUCCAUUGGAGUCGCCAACAUGACGGGAUUCGUCUCAGUUUACCGAAUUGUAACCUAUGUUGGCAAUGGACCCACAGUUUAUAAACCAGACAUUGAAUUUCCAUCUGGGGUGAAUGUUACAGUGACACCAAGUAUGCUGAAUUUUACAAAUGAAGGGGAGAAAUUGAGUUUCAGGGUUGAUUUUAAUCCGUAUCAGGCUAGUAAUGGAAGCUUUGUUUUCGGGUCUUUAACAUGGAGCAAUGGGAUUCACAGGGUAAGAAGCCCGAUUGCAGUCACUGUGACUUUGGUAUAG